UUGCUGGGACACGAAAAGAGGGAAGCGAACAAGAACACAAAAGAAUGAAGGCCAUCCGGGUUCUCCUCCUUUGUCUUCUCGGGUUGCUAACUGCAACGGGCGUUGUUGCGGGCUACCAGUUGCGGAAGAGGCCCGGCGGGUCCGGCACCGUCAAGAGCGGUGUGGCUCCCUCGGGCGCUCCUCUCCUCGUGAAUCUCACGCUCAUUCCAUCUGCUGCUGCCAAAGGAGCUGUCUGUUUGGAUGGCACUGUUCCUGGCUACCAUCUACAUCCAGGUUUUGGAUCAGGUGCAGAUAGUUGGCUAGUGAACUUGGAGGGAGGAGGCUGGUGCAACAAUGCCGCCACAUGCAGAUUCUCCAAGAACACCAUGCGUGGCUCCUCAAAUUACAUGGAGAAACAGAUACAGUUUUUUGGGAUAUCUAGCAACAAGCCGGAAGAAAACCCUGACUUCUACAACUGGAACAGAGUUAUUGUUCGUUAUUGCGAUGGUGCAUCGUUCACUGGUGAGGGUUACGAUGCGAAAAAUAACCUUUAUUUCCGAGGUCAACGGAUCUGGUCAGUUGUCAUGGAAGACCUCAUGUCAAAAGGAAUGCGUUCGGCCAAACAGGCCCUGCUUUCUGGUUGCUCCGCUGGGGGUUUGUCAUCCAUACUCCACUGCGACGAGUUCCGAGCAUUGUUUCCACAAAGCACCAAAGUCAAGUGCCUAGCUGAUGGUGGCUUUUUCCUUGAUGCCGUCGAUGUUGGUGGUGGACGUUCCCUACGAUCCUUCUACGAGGGAGUCGUGAAUCUGCAUGGAGUGGCGAACAGCUUGCCCAAGUCUUGUACUUCUCGGAUGGAUGCAACCUCGUGCUUCUUCCCGCAGAACAGAGUGCCUGAUAUCACGACUCCGACUUUUCUUUUGAAUGCGGCGUAUGAUGUAUGGCAGAUUCAGAAAAGCUUAGCCCCCGGCAAGGCUGAUCCUGCGGGAUCUUGGAACGGAUGCAAGUUCAACCACACGAAAUGUGACUCGAAGCAAAUCCAGUUUCUGCAAGGAUUCAGGAACGAAAUGAUUAAUGCUUUACGAGGAUUCUCUACGUCCAGCAAAAAUGGACUGUUUAUUAAUUCAUGUUUCGCCCACUGUCAAUCGUACAAUCAAGAUACAUGGUACGCAGAUGAUUCUCCAACCAUCGGAAAGAAGAGAAUUGCAACAUCGGUCGGCGACUGGUACUUCGAGCGAUCCCAAGAAAAGGCAAUCGACUGCGCAUACCCUUGCGACAAAACUUGCCACCAUCUCAUUUAACGCAACGCGAAUGUGAUUGAUUAUCUUGUGGGGUCAGAAACACCAAUCA